GAAGGCUGGAAAGCAGCUAGCAUGGCAGAUGAGGAGGAAGACCCCACCUUUGAGGAGGAGAAUGAAGAAAUUGGAGGAGGAGCAGAAGGUGGCCAGGGGAAGAGAAAGAGACUUUUCUCGAAAGAAUUGCGCUGUAUGAUGUAUGGGUUUGGGGAUGGCCAGAAUCCUUACACAGAGUCAAUGGAUAUUCUAGAAGACCUCAUCAUAGAGUUCAUCCCUGAAAUGACUCACAAGGCAGUGUCGAUUGGAAGACAAGGUAGAGUGCAAGUUGAAGAUAUUGUCUUCCUAAUUCGAAAGGAUCCAAGGAAGUUUUCUAGAGUUAAAGACUUACUAUGAAUGAAGAAUUGAAAU